AUGCCCUUGAACGCUGUCCGCGUCCCCGAGGACCACGGACCUAAUUAUUUCGGCGAAAUCAAGGCAUUCCACGAUCUGCACUGUCUUACUAUUAUAAGUCAACGCCAAAAGUGUGGGAGUUUCGAGAUGACGAUCGAGUCAUCAAAAUGCAUGUUGCUAAUGUGCACUCCGUCUCUUGACGUCCUCCCCUGGGUUUGGGUUAAUUCGAGAGCCUGGACCCAAAAGAAGGAGCGCAAGCCCAGUAUUAUUGCAAACUUCAAGACAAGACACAUGUGCCGGGACUUUGGUGCAAUAAGGGAUUGGUAUCUUCGGCAGCAGGAUGACAAGUUGAAGAGUGUCCAGCUCGUCCUCCAAAUCGUGCCCAAAGGCAACUAUGUGUUUAACCUGUCUCUGGGUGCCGCUGGCUUGCCCGAGACAGUGCUAUGGUCGUCCCUAGAACGCAAUUCCGCCAGUAUCUCCUAUCGGCUCCCUAGAUCCGAUGAUGUUAUCCAUGAUGGCAAGGAAUUCCCAUAG